AUGGCAUACCAAACUACUCCUCAGUACGAAUAUAUCCGCUUGGAAACCAAGCCAAGCGCACAGCUCAGCUACAGCUUUACUUCUGCUACAGCAGUUGAUAAUAAGACCCCAACACUCAUUGUCUUUCUCAAUGGCCUCGGCGCACCUCAGGUUGGAUGGGCUGCAACCAUCGCCAAGCUCAAGGAGCUUUCGCCCCAGGGCCUUCCAGCAAUCUUGACCUUCGAUCGGUUUGGACAAGGCCAAACUGCUGACCGGGACCCUAACGAUGAGGGCGCGGAGGAUCCGAUGCAUGCCCACGACAGUAUGGCUGUGGUUACCGACAUUCGUCAGCUUAUCACUCAGAUUUUGAAGGAGAAGAUGGACAUCAACGAUCCAAACAGUGCUCGGCUCCUUAUUACUGGCAAUUCUAUCGGAUGCGCUUUCACUCGCCUCUAUGCUGCUCAAUAUCCAGGCACCGUAGCAGCAGUCCUGCUCCUCGACAGCGUUUUGACCGACACAGACUUCGUCUCCGUCUUCCCCGACCCAGAUGCAGAAGGUUUCAACCCAAAUGAUCUCCCCAAAGGUGUCACAGCUGAGAACCUGCGCACCGCUCGGGAAGAGACAAAGAAGCGAUUUCACCCGAGCCUUGGUUCCAGAGAAGGGCUCACUCGAAAGAAUCUCUCCCAGCUUCUCCCGCAUGCCGACUCGCCCGCACUUCCUAAAGUUGACGGAAAGUCACCCUAUGUCACUGUACUGGGCCACGACUUUGAUUAUUUUGCUGCGCGUACAGGAGCGGACUUCAACAUUCCCGGAGAAGCCGUGCAGGCUUACAUGAAUAAAUAUUGGAAUCAUUACAACGAGGGACUUGCUAAGCUUACGACUUCGGAGAAUAGCGAUGGGCCAAUUCAAGCGCCGGAUGCUGGUCAUUUCAUCCAGAUUGAUAAUCCUGCGUUUGUGGCCAAGAAGGCACAUGAAUUAUUGCAGAAACUGGCAAGCGAAUAA